AUGGAUCAAGAGUUAAAUUUUACAUAUGUAACUCUGGACUGGUAUGUGGACAUUAACAAGUACAGAUAUGUUUACUUUUUUAUUAUGUUUGCAUUAUAUAGUCUAAUAAUCUGCACCAAUUCUACUAUUGUGUACAUAAUCUGGAUUCAUAAAAACCUUCAUGAGCCUAUGUACAUUUUCAUUGCAGCUUUAUUGCUGAACUCUGUUCUUUACAGUACAACUAUUUACCCAAAACUUCUGAUUGUUUUAUCUGAAAAACAAGUCACAACAUAUUCAGCCUGUCUCUUUCAGUUUUUUAUGUUUUACACUCUAGGUGGUUCAGAGUUCUUUCUCUUGGCUGCCAUGGCCUAUGACAGAUAUGUGGCAAUAUGUAAACCUCUGCAAUAUCAUAUUAUCAUGAGAAAAACCACUGUGAGCAUUUUCCUGAUCAUAGCUUGGGUUGUACCUGCUUGUCAUAUUGGUGUCCAAGCAAUAGUGAGUGCUAUCAUUAAACUGUGUGACUUUAAUAUAAAAGGAAUAUUUUGUAACAAUGCGGUUUACACUCUUCUGUGUGAAAGAUCAAGAUUAAUUACCAUCUUUGGCUACCUAGACUAG